UCCCGGUCACGCGGGUGCCCCGGAAGCGCCAGGAGCGGCGGCGGCGGGAGCGGAGCAGGAGCGGACCGCGCCCAUGUCGGGCUUCGACACCAACCCGUUCGCCGACCCGGUGGACAUCAACCCCUUCCAGGACCCCUCGGUGACACAGCUCACAAACACCAGCCAGAGUGGCUUGGAUGAAUUCAACCCCUUUUCCGAGAGCUCCCAGCUGACAAAUGCGGCGCGGACGACGCCAGCGCAGCCCUCGGGCCACUCACAGCCGGCCGUGCUGCAGACAUCCGUGGAGCCCACGCCACAGGCUGUGGCUGCAGCGGCACAGGCAGGGCUGCUCCAGCAGCAGGCAGAGCUAGAGAGGAAGGCAGCUGAGCUGGAGAAGAAGGAAAGGGAGCUGCAGAACCACGCAGCCAGCAUCGACCCGAGGCAGAACAACUGGCCGCCUCUCCCCAAGCGGUGUCCCAUCAAGCCGUGCUUCUAUCAGGAUUUUUCUGCAGACAUCCCAGCUGACUACCAGCGGAUAUGCAAGAUGCUCUAUUACUUGUGGAUGUUGCAUUCCAUCACCCUGCUCCUAAACCUGCUCGCUUGCCUGGCGUGGUUCUCAGCUGACAACAGCAGAGGAGUGGACUUUGGUCUCUCGAUUCUGUGGUUAAUUUUAUUCACCCCUUGUGCCUUUCUCUGUUGGUACCGACCAAUUUACAAGGCUUUUAGGUCUGACAGCUCCUUCAGCUUCUUCGUCUUCUUUUUCAUCUUCUUCUGCCAAAUAGCAAUCUACAUCAUCCAGGCUGUCGGAAUUCCUGGCUGGGGAGACAGCGGUUGGAUCGCGGCGCUGUCGGAGGUGCACGGGAACCUGGCCGUGGGGGUGAUCAUGAUGGUAGUGGCAGCGUUCUUCACGCUCUGCGCUGUCCUCUCCCUCUUCCUCCUCAAGCAGGUGCAUUCCCUGUAUCGGCGCACGGGAGCCAGCUUCCAAAGGGCCCAGGAGGAGUUUUCCCAAGGCAUCCUCACCAACAGGAGCUUCCAGAACGCAGCAGCCGGGGCGGCCUCCUCGGCUGCACAGAGUGCUUUCCGGGGAAACUAACCCUUCCCAGGAAAUCCAGCCCUUCCCGGGAAAUCCAGCCCUUCCCGGGAAAUCCAGCCCUUCCCGGGCUGCCCCCCUCUCGCUUCCUCUGCCCUCAUCUCCCCAACCUUCUUUUUUUUUUUUUUUUUUUUCCUAAAAAUG